AUGUCGGGCCAAGUCGCGGCGCAACCGCAAGCCGUCCAAACAUAUGGACGAAAGAGGACGGCCACCGCUGUCGCCCACUGCAAGAAGGGCCGUGGUGUGCUGAAGAUCAACGGCCGCCCCAUCGAUACCGUUCAACCGCCGAUUCUCCGAUUCAAGCUCCAGGAGCCCCUACUGGUCGUCGGCAAGGACCGCUUCCAGGAGGUCGACAUCCGCGUGCGCGUAAACGGUGGAGGAAACACCUCGCAGAUCUAUGCCAUCCGUCAGGCCAUCGCCAAGGCCCUGGUCGCCUACUACCAGAAAUUCGUUGAUGAGCAGAGCAAGAAGGAGCUGAAGGACCUGUUCGCCGCCUACGAUAAAUUCCUGCUCGUCUCCGAUCCUCGCCGCAGGGAGUCGAAGAAGUUCGGUGGAUCCGGAGCCCGCGCCCGCUACCAGAAAUCUUACCGU